UCCUCUCAUCAAACUCAAGCAUGGCAGAUCAGGAAGUCCAAUCGCCCUGCAAAGGAGCGGCAGAGGAUCGCAUAAGUAAGUUACCUGAUGAACUCAUCUCCCACCUCUUCUCGUUCAUGCCCACCAAAGAUGUCGUGAAGACCAGCACCUUGUCCAGACGCUGGCUCAAGGUCCAGGACCUCAAGCACCUCGAUCUAUAUAUAUCCCUAGAGACGAGCAAAGACCUGCUCUAUUUCAAGUCGUUCGUGGAUUGGGUGGAUAGACGCUACUCAGAUAAGAUAUUGAAGAGAUUCUCGGUCCAUCUUGAAGAUCUUCCCUGGAACAAGGAUAUGCAAGCAAAAAUAGAUUGUUUGAUCCACUUUGCAGUCGUGCGGAGGGUCAAGCAGAUGUCACUGGGUCUGGACUUCUGCUACUUCGAUUAUGAGCAUUGGUCAUGGGAUCUGGACAAAUACUUCUACAAGUUGCCCCGUUUCUUGUGCAAUCACUAUGGACUGGAGAGCCUUCACAUCGCGAAUUGCGCCUUCCCAAACCCGUGCACAGGAUUCAAGUGGUCAUCUCUUAAAGAAUUAUCGAUCACUCAGGUGAAUUUGGGCAGGAACAAUAUACUCUUGAAAAUUUUCAUAGGGAGCCCUUCACUUGAGCUGCUGGAGCUGGAUGGCUGUUGGGGUUUGAUGCAAAUUGAUACGAGAAACUCCCUGAGACUGAGAGAGCUUGUGAUUGUUUCCUACCAGAGUGUCUUACGACUCGAAAUCAUUGCUACGAACUUGCUCAUACUUCGUUUGCGAGGAGACUGGCAGUACCAGGAGCUGAAGCUGACUGAUGCAUCUUCCAUUGUUGAAGCUGAGCUCAAUUUCCUGAUGCGUGUUGAGAAGGGGAAUGACGCUUACUACAUUCCUCCUCCUCAGUCGUUCUGUGACAAUUUUUUCGGCGAGCUGCAACAUAUUUCAACCUUACACAUUGGUGAUUGGUGUAAUGAGGUGGUAUCGAGCAUGAUGAAAGCAGAAGUUAAUUCUCCGGAAUUGACCAAAUGUAAGCACUUAAUAACCGACUCCAUGGCCGACCGACAAAUUAGUCUCAUUGGAAUCACUACCUUGCUGGAGAGGUCAGCCCAUCUCGAGAAAUUAGAGCUAAGAAUGCUUCAGAGGUGUAUUGAUGAUGAGUCUGAUCCUCACAAGAGAGAGUUGGUCCACAGUCUUAUGAAUGCUGGUAAAGACGAGCUCUGUGGAUUCCCGGAGGACAUCUUCCGAAGCUUUGAGAAGUACUUAAAGCAUGUCAAGACUUUCGUCCUGAGGAGGUUGGACGCUGCAACAGGUCGAACAAUUAUGAAGAGAGUUUUCCAUUUGGGGAAUAUGGAAGACUCGAAAUGGCUCAGCAAACUUCAAGCUAAUGGAACCGAGAGGUGUCUCUCAUCCUUGCCGAAUCGGUUCUGAUUGUUUCAUGUGGAGUUUCAGUACGUGUGAAUAUAGGCUGGAAUUGCUUAGUAUUUCUCAAAUUGCUUGAGGACCCCUUCGAGGGCGGAUACCUCUAAUUAAGGACCCCUUGGUUUUGCUCUAAUAUGCCUUUUCAUUUAUAGAAAUACAUACUUUUAUUAGAAGACUGAGGCUGCUGCUCGAUUUAUUGGAUUUGAGGACCCUCAGUAUUCGGGUUUUCCUUGGGAUCCCUGCACUCGAUAGGAGUUUAGAAUUAAGGCACUGCUUGGUUAACUAAUGGCAUUUGUGACUUCCUUUUUCUUUUUCUUUUCCUCCCUUAUUUUUACA